UGGCGGUUUAGGAUUGCUGCUCUUCUCUCAAGGCGCGGUUCCGCUCGCACGGCCAAUUUUCAAUAUUAAAAUACGCACUAUAUUAAAACGAUAAUCGAUUUAUUAUUUCGGAAGGUGAUAAUCGAUUCGGCGAUGUUCGUUAGAGGAGCUGAUGAGAGUUAAGUGCCGUUAAGUCGAGUGCAGUCCGUCCUGCAGCCUCUCCUCCCUGCCCUUCCACAUCUUUCCCCCCCAACCGAGCUGCUGUUUUGUGCCUCCAUCUUUUGGACCUGAAACACACUAGGUCCUGAAGUCACACACACACACACACACACACAGUUACACUCCUCACCGCCAGCCCCACUAACCAGGAUGAUCACCUCGGAGCUCCCCGUCCUACAGGACUCGUCCAAUGAGUCUGGGGCAACAGACGCAGUGGGCUUAAGUAUGAGCAUCAGUGAGAUUGAAGAACCAGAGGUCAAAGGCAAGAAGAAGAGAGGGAGGCCUGGAAAAGCAGCCCAGUCAACCAAUAAGAAGCCUCGUAAGGCGCCGGCGGAAAAGUCUGUGAGCGUAGCACGAGGGCGAGGAAAAGCCAACGGAGUGGUUCAACAUAAUGGAGACGGAGGAGACCCCGUCACGCUGUUUGAAGUGGUCAGAAUGGGGAAGAGCGCCAUGCAGUCUGUGGUGGAUGAGUGGAUCGAGUCGUAUAAACAGGACAGAGACUUGGCGCUUCUGGAUCUCAUCAAUUUCUUCAUCCAGUGCUCGGGGUGCAAAGGCACCGUGAGGAUUGAGAUGUUCAGGAACAUGCAGAACGCAGAGAUCAUCCGCAAGAUGACCGAAGAGUUUGAUGAGGACAGCGGGGAUUAUCCUCUCACGAUGCCCGGGCCGCUGUGGAAGAAGUUCCGCUACAACUUCUGCGAGUUCAUCAGCGUCCUGAUCCGCCAGUGUCAGUACAGCAUCAUCUACGACGAGUACAUGAUGGACACGGUGAUCUCCCUCCUCACCGGGCUGUCCGACUCUCAAGUGCGAGCCUUCAGACACACCUCCACGUUAGCAGCGAUGAAGCUGAUGACGGCGCUGGUGAACGUGGCGCUGAACCUGAGCAUUCACCAGGACAACACGCAGAGGCAGUACGAGGCCGAGAGGAACAAGAUCGCCGGGAAACGAGCCAACGACAAGCUGGAGCUGCUUCUGCAGAAGAGGAAGGAGCUUCAAGAAAAUCAGGAUGAAAUAGAGAAUAUGAUGAACUCGAUCUUCAAGGGAAUCUUUGUGCAUCGCUACAGGGAUGCGAUUGCUGAAAUCCGAGCCAUCUGUAUUGAAGAGAUUGGAGUGUGGAUGAAAAUGUACAGCGAUGCUUUUCUUAAUGACAGUUACCUGAAGUAUGUUGGCUGGACACUACACGAUAGGCAAGGAGAGGUGCGUCUGAAGUGCCUGAAGGCUCUGCAGAACCUGUACACAAACCGAGAGCUGUUCCCAAAGUUAGAGCUUUUCACCAACCGCUUCAAGGACCGUAUCGUCUCCAUGACGCUGGAUAAGGAGUAUGAUGUGGCGGUGGAGGCCAUCAGACUGGUCACACUCAUCCUGCAGGGCAGUGAAGACGCCCUAUCCAAUGAGGACUGUGAGAACGUGUACCACCUGGUCUACUCGGCCCACCGACCUGUGGCAGUAGCUGCCGGAGAGUUCCUGCACAGGAAAUUGUUCAGUCGUCAUGACCCUCUGGCGGAGGAAGCGUUGGCGAAGCGCAGAGGGAGGAGCAGUCCCAACGGAAACCUCAUCCGCAUGCUGGUGCUCUUCUUUCUGGAGAGCGAGCUCCAUGAACACGCAGCAUACCUGGUGGACUCGCUGUGGGAGAGCUCUCAGGAGCUGCUGAAGGACUGGGAGUGUAUGACUGAGCUUCUGCUGGAGGAACCUGUGCAGGGAGAGGAGGUGUUGUCGGACAGACAGGAGAGCGCUCUGAUAGAGCUGAUGGUGUGCACCCUCCGUCAGGCAGCAGAGGCUCACCCACCGGUCGGCAGAGGCACCGGCAAACGGGUGUUGACAGCGAAGGAGAGGAAGACGCAGAUAGACGAUAAGAACAAACUGACAGAGCACUACAUCAUGGCGCUGCCCAUGCUGCUGUCCAAGUACCAGGCGGACUCUGAGAAGGUGGCCAACCUGCUGCAGAUCCCUCAGUUCUUCGACCUGGACGUGUACAGCGCCGGGCGGAUGGAGAAGCACCUGGACGCCCUGCUGAAGCAGAUCCGCCUGGUGGUGGAGAAGCACAUCGAGAUGGACGUGCUGGAGGCCUGCAGUAAGACCUACAGCAUCCUCUGCUCCGAGGAGUACACCAUCAUGAACCGCGUGGACAUCGCCCGCUCGCAGCUCAUCGACGAGAUGACCGACCGCUUCUCUCACUCCGUGGAGGAUCUGCUGCAGGAGGCGGAGGAGGCCGAUGACGACGAUAUCUACAACGUUUUAUCUACGCUCAAGAGACUCACAGCCUUCCACAACGCCCAUGACCUGACCCGGUGGGAUUUAUUUGGGAGCUGCUACCGGCUGCUGAAGGCGGGCAUCGAGCAGGGCUCCAUGCCGGAGCAGAUCGCCGUGCAGGCCCUGCAGUGCUCGCACUACUCCGUCCUCUGGCAGCUGGUGAAGGUCACAGAGGGCUCUCCCAGCAAGGAGGACAUGUUGGCUCUCAGGAGAGUGGUGAAGUCGUUCCUGGCUGUGUGCCAGCAGUGCCUGUCCAACGUCAACACAAUGGUCAAAGAGCAGGCGUUCAUGCUGCUCUGCGACCUGCUGACGAUCUUCAGUCACCAGCUGGCCUCCGGCAGCAGGGAGGGGCUCCAGCCGCUCGUCUUCAACCCGGACGGCACUCUGCAGAACGAGCUGCUCAACUUCGUCCUGGACCACGUCUUCAUCGACCAGGACGAAGAGAGUCAGAGCAUGGCAGAGGGAGACGAGGAGGACGAGGCCAAUAAGAUCGAGGCUCUCCACAAAAGGAGAAAUCUGCUCGCAGCUUUCUGCAAACUCAUCAUUUUCGACAUCGUAGACAUGCCCGCUGCGGCCGACAUCUUCAAACACUACAUGAAGUAUUAUAAUGAUUACGGCGACAUCAUCAAGGAGACUCUGAGUAAAACAAGACAGACGGACAAGAUUCAGUGCGCCAAGACGCUCAUCCUCAGUCUGCAGCAGCUGUUCAACGAGCUGCUUCAGGACCAGGGCCCCACUCUGGACCGCACCUCCUCUCACGUCAGCGGGAUCAAGGAGCUGGCCCGCCGCUUCGCCCUCACCUUCGGCCUCGACCAGAUCAAGACCAGAGAGGCGGUGGCCACGCUGCACAAGGAUGGAAUAGAGUUUGCAUUUAAGUACCCGAAUCCUCGAGGAACCGAGUUUCCUCCCCUCAACCUGGCCUUCCUGGAGGUUCUCAGUGAAUUCUCCUCUAAACUCAUCCGCCAAGACAAAAAGACGGUCCACUCGUACCUGGAGAAGUUCAUGUUGGACUCGAUGUCGGAGCGCCGGGAGGACGUGUGGCUGCCGCUGAUCUCCUACAGGAACAGCCUGCUGACGGGCGGGGACGAGGACCUCAUGUCCGUCACAUCGGGCUCCAGCAGCAAGGCCGCCUCCGUGCGCAGCAAGAAGGCCCGGCCGGCAGUGCACAAGAAGCGCAUCGAGGAAGAGAGUAGUGUUGACAGCUCGUGGCUGCUGCGUAACGACACCCUGCCGACACCGGGGGCGCUGCAGACGCCUCAGCUCACCUCCACCGUGCUCAGAGAGAACAGACCCGCAGAACACCUGCCCGACCCGGACUCAGAACCCGGCUCGGAGAACGACUUCGUCCACAAUCCUCAGAUGCAGAUGUCGUGGCUCGGCCAGCAGAAGAUGGAGGAGGUGAACCGGAAGGACCGGACGGGCAUGAACUACAUCAAGGCGCGCAGCAACCAGGGCGUCCGGCAGACUGUGCGUGGGUUGAUGGAGGAUGACGCAGAGCCGAUCUUCGAGGACGUGAUGAUGUCAUCGCGAGGACAGCUGGAGGACAUGAACGAGGAGUUCGAGGACACGAUGGUGAUCGACCUGCCGCCAUCGAGGAACAGACGUGAAAGAGCAGAAUUAAGACCAGACUUCUUUGACUCUGCAGCGAUGAUUGAGGACGAGUCGGGUUUCAGCAUGCCCAUGUUCUGAUCCAGGAAGAGGCAAAGAUCCUGAGCUCAGGAUCCACAUCAGGAGUCAACAGAAGGGAGGGUCUGGGCCGUCUCACCCAGAAAACCUGCCAAUCAAACUCUUAAGAAUAGGAAACAACAUUGUUGAAACACUUUUCUCUUUCUGUAAGACGGGAUGGAAGGAUUGUUUGUCAGGUGGAUCUGCUGAUGGACGUGGAAUCAGCCGGAUCUCACCUGGAAAGUGAAGCGAGGAUCGGCUCUGUUCUCACAGGCCGGAGGAUCCAGAACCGAGUCCGGAUUAUUCAAGAGCUUCGUCUUCUCUCUAAAUCUUCCUCCUCUUCCUCCUUUUCCAGCCUGUUGGUUUAGCUCUUGUUAGCGGUAGCUCGGAUGGCCGACGAGCACUUGCAGUUUUUACGGUUCCCUGUUACACAGAUGUACAGUUGUUGGUUCAGAGCAGCCCCCCCCCCCCACUCUCCCCCCUUAUUUUGGUGUCGCACUUCGAAUCCGUCUGGUAGAAUCUGACAUAGAGAGGAUAUCAAUACUAAGUGUUCUAUAUCUGUGCUCUUAUUACCACCCAACAACCCCUCUCCGCUCUCUGUUCGCCAUCACAGUCCUCGUGUGUGGUGGUGCUGGUGUGUGUGUGUGUGUCUGUGUGUGCGUGUGUGUGUGCGUGCGUGAGGUGGUGAUGGUUGAGUAGUUGCGUGACGUCAAAGCAAAAGAGAGUGUUGUCGUUUGAAGGAGAAGCCACCCUCCCCCCCCUCUCAGAUCUCGGAUAAGUUUUUUGAAGUUUAAAAAAUAAAAGAAAAUAAACAUAUUUUGAAUUCUGUAGCUUUAGUACUAAAGUUUUAAAUCAAGUGUGUCUUUGUUUUUGUCGGAUGUUUGUACAGCUUUUUCUCAAAUAUGUAUCUUGUUUGUUGCCAAAUUGUGGCCUACAUACUUACGGUAUAUUCCAGCCCCUUCCCCUACACCUGUGUCUCAUAUCUAACGGUUAUCAAGCUCAGAGUGUUGCUGUGGGAUCUUUUUAAGCGCUGUAUGGUCUGAUUGUAGUCGUUUCACAGUUCAGUAUUACAGCAGACUAUUUGUUCAUUUUGUUCAUUUUGUUCAUUUUGCAGGUUACAUUUCGACGCCUGCCUCAGUGUUAUCUGAUCCAAGAUGAUUUGUUGUUACUCUGACAGAUUUGUUUGAAUGUGUUUUGAAUGUUUCCAGCCAUAUCGUUGUUCACGCUCCGUCGGUUAAUCAAUCAUCCACCUCCCCCUGGCUGGCUUGGCAGUCCUCCUGUAAAUAUCAGAGACAAUUGGAUCUUUCCUGCAGUGCAGUUGACAUCAGUUGCCCUUAAAUGCUCUAAACGCCUGUUUUUUUUUUUUCUGUGAACCUAAAUUCUUUUUAAUAAAAUAAAAUCUGUAUUCGAUUUAUGGACAA